AUGCAUCGAAUCAUGUUUUUUAAGGUUAGAAGAUUGUUAGAUGUCGACGCGAAUUCAAAUUUUAUGGGAAAAUGCUUAGCAGAUUUGCUUCAAUUAAAGGGAGAAAAGACUAACAUUUCUGUUUCAGGAAUAAAUAAUUUGACUUUGAAUAUAAAAUCUAGAGUUAGUGCAACUAUUUUAACUAGAGACAAAAGUUUUGAUUUAAGUUUAAAUUUUUUGGUGGUUCCUAAAAUAACAGAAUAUACGCCCUCUAGGCCUCUUGAAAUUAAUGUUUCAUCUUUAGAUAAUAUCAAUUUAGCAGAUGACAAAUUUUUUGAGCCAGGCUCAAUUGAAUUUCUGAUAGGUGCAGAACAUUUCUAUGAGCUUUUAAAACCAGGUCAAAUUUCCCUUCAGGAUUCAAAUUUAAGAUUACAAAAUAGUGUUUUCGGCUAUGUUGUAAGUGGGACUCUUCCUGCUAAAGGGGAAAGUAAAUUACAUUGUGGGCUUAUUACAGAUAAUUUGGAGUUAGAAAGAGCAGUAAGAGAGUUUUGGGAAAUCGAAAACGUAGAAAGAGAGUCUGAGAUUUCUAAGAGUAAAGAAGCAGAAAUUUGUGAACAGCAUUUUCUCAAAAACUAUUACAGGACUGAAACCAGAAAAUAUGUACUCAAGAUACCGUUUAAGGAAGAUUCAAUGUGUUUAGGGAAUUCGAAACAAAUUGCACUUAAGAGGUUGAACUCGUUGUGA